AUGACCGCCAUAGUAAAUCACGUCCCCGGUCAAAUAAGUCAAAUUCUGGCAAUACGAGAUAAGUUCAUUGAAAUCUCAAAGCAGUCUGAUGAGAAGCUCACUGCAAUGAUAGAAGCUGCAAAGGAUUUUCGCAGUGGCAUGGAACCACUGAAGAAGGAAGUUGAUCAGCUUCAGACCCGGGUUAAAAACCUUCAGUACUGCAUCGAGGGUCUGUCUCAUGUACAAAACUUCUACAAGACUGGACGCGAGGUUGAACAAACCAUAAUUCAAGGACCAUCAGUAUCCCUCACUAACUACCUGAAAGCGAUGGAUCGUAUAAAGGAUUCUCUUGUUUAUUUCAACCAGAAUAAUACCGAACAUUUGGAGUAUACGCGACUUAGCACUCUUCUAUCCAACGGUCUGAAAGCAUUGCAGAAGUACUUUGAUGACAUACUCAACCAAUCCUUUACUCCGAUGCCCCCAGAUUUGCUUUACGCGCUAGCAGAAAAAGAGGAUGCAAUCUCUUUGGAUGGUAAUAGAGCUGAUGAUGCUUCUGCUGUCCCUCUCGAGUGCGACUCCAUCUCCGAAGUGUGUAUUUCUAACAUGCAGGAUAUCUCCACGUGGCUACGUAGAGCCACUUCAUUGGGCACUUCGACUGCACUGGGGUCCACUGGGGAGGAGCAGAAGUCGCGCCACCACUUGGCUCGGAUAUUCCAUGCGGAAGUUGCCGAUUCGGCUGCAACAGAAGGCUAUCAGCUACCUCCAUCUUUGGCACAGUACUGCGAUUUCAGAAAGGACUUAAUGCGUGUCACUCUGGUUAAACUUCGUGAGUAUCAAAAGACUCUGGAGAAGAAUACACAAAAUGUACGUGGUCGUCCUGGCUCAACAAGCAGUCAGUUGAACGUCUCCACUGCCGGUAAACGUCGGUAA